CAGAUCUCGGAAACUAAGCAGGGUCGGACCCAUACACUCUAUGGUCGGGCCUGGUUAGUACUUGGAUGGGAGACCAGCUGCUGUAAGCUUUUAAAUUUUGGCCAUAUUUUGGUGUCGAGCAGAAGUUGAUCUCUUCCGGUUACUGUCAAAAACACGUGUGGAGAUGGCUUCCCCAGGUUCAGAGAUGGUUCUGGUGGGAUUUUGUGAUGGAGAGCUCGACAAAAAGCGACAUCAGUCCACUUUUAUGACUAAUAAAGUGGGUGGAGAGCCCGAUGCCCCGUCGCUAUUGUCCCGCCACUUUCCCCGCUGUAGUCGCUGCGGAUCAGCGCUGGUCACGUUGUACCAGGUGUACUGCCCACUCGAGGGGUCGCCUUAUCACCGGACACUGCACGUUUUCGCCUGUCUCGGAGAUGACUGUAGUGGUCGGUCCGAGUGCUGGAGAGUCCUCCGCUCUCAGUGUCUGGAAGCAGACACUGCCAGACCCACCACGCCGCCUCAGGAGCUGUUCCUUUCGGCUACUGACUGGUGUGACUCUGCCGAUGACUGGGGAAUGGAAGGGCAGGAAGGCGAGGAACCAGGAGCAAACGUGAAGAAGCAAUCACCAAAUAAAACUAAUAAUGGAAUCAAAGCAGAAGGAGCAGUCACUGAUGAUAUGGACAUGAGCAAGAAGCUUGAGGAGCUACAACUUGGACCCUCUGAGGAUGCCCCACCUUGCUUUCGCCCCUACUUUAUCAGCGUUAUGGAGGAGACCGAUCUAUAUGGGGAAGACCAUGACUUGACCCAUGCCCAGGAAUUGCUUAAGGACUAUGAAAAAAGAGAGGGCAUUUCUGUUGUUGAGCUAGACUGUUGUGAAGAUGGCAGUGGAGAGGAAAAAUAUGAAAAAACUAAAAUUCUACAUGGCGAUGCUGUGUUUGCAAGGUUUAUGAAGAGGAUUUCAGUUUGUUCUGAGCAGAUUUUGAGAUAUUGUCGUGGUGGUAAUCCUCUUUUCAUCUCCGAGCCACCAGCUAACAUGUGCCAAUUAGUUUUGCCGUGCUCCACUUGUGGAAGUCCCAGGACAUUUGAACUACAGCUUAUGCCUGCUUUGGUUAGUCUUCUUCAGGGUGAAAGCUUGGACAUGCAGCUGGAGUUUGGCACAGUCUUGGUGUACACGUGCCUUAGUAGCUGUUGGAGGUCUGACACAGAUAAGGCUGUAGAUGAGUUCUGCUUUGUUCAGAGUGAUCCAGAUCAGCAACUUUUUAAAUGAAUGAUAACUGGGACAAGUAUAAGUAAAAGUAGAGACCAGUUUAUGUAAAUAACCUACUACAGUCAAGUGGAAAUAAUCUGUGCUGCCUAAAUGUUCACAGUCCCAUGUCCUUAGCAAUCUGUCUCAGUCUAAAAGUACACUUCAGCUUUAACCAGAACUGACCAAAAUAUUUCCUUGUAUCUGUGCCCAUUUUAGUUUCUGAUCUCCCCCAAAAUCAAUGACUUCUCAAAAACAGAGCGCACAGUGUUGAGUCUUAUUUUAAUUCAACCUUUGAUACAUUUUCUACGAUUCAGUGUCACACCAAAAACAGGUUGAACAGCAGUUAAAAUAUUUCUUCAAAGCAAAUGUAAACUGUACAGAAGCUCAAUCUAAAACUUUAAAAUGUAAAAUAUCAGCUGCAGAUUUUUUCAUUUACUUGCCCACUUUCAGCGUAUCAAAAAUAGAUUUAAAAGGCCAAUAAAUAAGUUUAAUAAUUUUUUUUUACACAACUUUAGAAAUUAUUGUAAGGUGACAUGUUUUUCAGCCCUUUGGUUACUAAGCUUUGUCAAUUUCAGUCACUUUGGUAAAUCUUUGGUUGGUCAAUGAGGUAUAGUUACAUUCCUGAGAGACUCGGUGGUUGGAUGCUAGAGUCCUGUUGAGUUAUUUCUAAGAUGAUGGAUGCAUUUGAGGCACUUUUCGGUCACUUGGUACAAACACGUUGGUUGUGAUGUGCGCAUAGAGGUCAUUUCAUUCAUUGAGGAGCUCCACAAAAUGGCAAGGCGUCUUUGGAUUUGUGGUGUCCAUUCUCCCAUUCUAAGGACAGGAAUGGGUCGAACUGCGACGUAUCCAGGCCAAGACCACUUAUGUCCCGAUCAAUGAUCUCAUUCACUGCAACAAGAGAGGAAAAAUGACUAUUUUGAAAAAGGUACAGUGUUUCCCACAGUGUACAAUUUGUAAUGCUCGGUUUUCAUUGAUUGGUCUAUGCAUAGGAAACACUGAGGUAGGCUAAACAAUUUAUGUAAACAAGUAAUUUUUGGUCCCUUACAUUUAUUAAAGGGGUUUAACUCAA